ACAAAGUUGUACAAAUGUAAAGCGAUGAUUGUUUUUAUAAAGAAGUCGUCGGAAGGCAGAUCGUCCUGUAAGAAUCGAAUUAAGCACAGACGUUAACUUCUACAAAUUCAAGUGCAUGUGCGGUUAUUGAAUUUGGAGAUUGGAGAUGGAUUGGUUGCACUGCAAUACCUGUUUUCACCAACCAGGGGAUGGAGGAAAGUUCCUAUUGACAAGCUGUGGCCAUAUAUACUGUGAAAAGUGUAUAGACCAGGUUACUAAUGGAAAGUGUAAAAUGUGUGGCAGUGUGUGUACAACAAUUCCCCUGUCUGGACAGAUGAAACCAGAUGUGGAGUUGUUUUUUACAAAUCCCAUGGAUUUACUGAAAAAGGAGUUCAGGAAAAUCAUCCAGGUAAUGGACUUCCAACACAAUCAGAGGAGGAGAUUCUUUUCAUAUCUAAUGGACAAGCUUCACAGACAGCAGAAUGUCAUGGAGAAAUGUCAUAAAGCCAUACGAGCCUCCCAGGACCUGGAAAGGGAUAUGAGUAAAUUGCGUGAGGAAAACUCCUACCUGAAAAGACUGAUGAGUGAACGUGAAAAUAGACAUAUCACUAGUGCCACUAGCAGAUCACAUGGACGUCGCAGUGGGAACUCGUCACCUAUCUAUAGAGGUUCACCUUCAUCCUCACCACAAAUGGCUGUUGCUAGCAGAAGUCAGUCACAGAACCAGAACUCUCAGACUGGAUCCCAUGCCUCCUUCAUAGCACUCCCUAGGAAUGUAAAUGCUUAUACAACUUUGGGAUCCACUGUUGGAAGAGUGUCCGUGCGAACUCCUCCCUCAGGGGGGCGUAUAGGAACAGUUGGCAACACACCAUCACCUAGGGGUUAUACAGUGCCUGUAACACCAAAGUCCGUCCCUCAUCCCAUUGCUUUUGGGAGUCUGCUGACUCCAUCUCCUAUGUAAACACGGGAUGUCUAUUCUUGAAUUAAAACAGAAACACUUAGACACAUCGCUGUUUGACAUCCUGCCGACGUUAAGAAAUUGAAAUCUCCCAGGUAUUCAACAGUUUGCAGCUAAAACGGCUUGUCAGUGAAACUAGACAUGGCUGAAAAUGUUUACAUUAGAAAUUACCUGAAACUUUUCUGUGAACUCAUUUUCGCCGAUGAACUUAAAGCUUAAUUUUGUGGUAACUGGAGCUGCUUUGUCGUGAAACUGAAAAGUCUAACUUUGUGAAAUGUUUGUCCAUGAGACUGGAAAGUUUAACUUUGUGAAAUGCUUGUC